UCUGAUUUUUUUUUUUUUUUUUCAAAGAAGUUAUAGGCUUUUCUCAACUGUCCAAUCACUAUCAGAGUAAUAUGAUAUUGGGCGGACUUGUGAUACGCAUUUCAAGCACGCCCACAAAAAAUUGUAUUGUACUUGAUUAUUGAUUUACGAUCACACUGCAGUUUGUGACUGAUCUCAGAAACAAAAGCAUCAUUCGAAAUGUUUCUAAAAAUUUUCUAGAAAACGUUAAUUUUUUCUUUUAUGUAAUUGUGCAUACUUUCUUCAAUAAUGAACGUUAAAGUAGUGUCGUUGAUAUUGUUACUAUGUAAACCAUUGAGUAAUGCUUGGAUGGACGAAAGGCCUGUAUUGGAGUCUGUUGAUGGAAAUCUCAUUAUUUCAAGUGCAAAGGAUAGAAAUAUUACGAUAAAAAUUUUAGGACACGGAUACUUUAAUGUCGAGGAUAUCGAUCUGCUAAAAGUAGCCAUUUCGGCAAGAAGUGCCUCGUAUUUAGUCGAACAAUGGCGUGAUGGGUUUUUGAAAGAUUUAGUUGACAAAGUAAGAAAAGUAGACCAUGCAAUCAAUGGUCCCCUUGGAUUACAAAGGCGUAUGAAUAUUAUAGAAUAUGGUUCUGAUGGAUCAAAUUCUAGUUCACGAGUGCCAAGUCCUUCUGCUGAUAAUUACGAAAUCGAUGAUGCAACAAGAGUUGCUGUUCGCAGGCUUAGUGAUCGUGUUAGACGAUUAGAGGGACGAGUUCGAUCAAUCUCGUCAAAAUUGCGGCAGAAUCAAUGUUCUAGUAACCCAUGCUUAAAUGGAGGAACUUGCAUACCAAUUUACGAUGGAUUUCAGUGUCUUUGUUCUACUAAUUGGGAGGGUACCAAUUGUGCAAUAGACGUAAAUGAAUGCACAAGAUUCAUCGGCACAGAUUUAGGUUGCCAGAACGGAGCAACGUGCACAAACCUUCCUGGAUCAUACAGCUGUGCAUGCCCAUCGGGUUGGUAUGGAGUCGAUUGCACAUCGAACACAGCCGUUUGCAACGCUCAAGACUCUCACAAAUUAUGUGGUGAUCACGGUACAUGUGUGGCUACUGGUACAACCCGCGGUUACACAUGCAUCUGUGAUCAAGGAUGGAAGUCGAAUGGAGAUGACCCUGCAUGUAAAAUAGACGUGGACGAAUGUGAAGCGAGGCAUCCUCCGUGUUCGAUGCAACCAUAUGUGCCGUGCAUUAAUGUACCCGGAGACUUUUAUUGCGGUAGUUGUCCUGCUGGUUACACUGGAAACGGGCACUAUUGUGCUGAUAUCGACGAAUGCUCUACAGACAAUGGUGGUUGUAGUAUUGUGCCAAAAGUCCAAUGCAUCAAUACAAUAGGAUCAAGAAUAUGUGGGUCCUGUCCACCUGGCUAUCAAGGUGAUGGGGUUACAUGUGUGUUCAUCGGAACUUGCAGAAUCAAUAACGGAGGUUGUCACCCACUUGCUACUUGCAUCAAUAAUCCUGGAUUCAACAAUCUUCUUGUAGAGUGUCGCUGUCCUACUGGCUACCGCGGCAGUGGAAUCGGUCCUCAAGGAUGUCAACCAGGCACUGAAGUUGAUCAGGGACCUUGUGCUAGUAAUCCAUGUGCUCAUGGUCUCUGUUUACCGCACGGCCGUAGCUUUAUUUGCAGAUGUGAUCUUGGAUAUACUGGAAUUACUUGUGCUACUCCAAUUAACCCCUGUUCUCCAAAUCCAUGCAAAAAUGACGGAAUUUGCACGCUGACAGCUGAUCAACAAAUAUCAUGCGAAUGUACUGCUGCUUAUUCAGGCCCUCGGUGUGAAACUCCAAAAGAAGCUUGUGGAGGCGUAAUCCGUGAUCUAGCAGGAACUCUAACAUAUCCUCCAAAUGGUGCUACGUAUGGUCACGGUCUCAGCUGUGCUUAUAUUUUAGCAACAAAUACAUCAUUAGUUCUCAACGUUACCUUUAAACAGUUUGAUUUGGAAUCAACCCCUGGUUGUCGUCAUGACUUUCUUCAGAUACACGAUGGAGGAAACGCUGGUAGUCAUCAAAUUGGAAGAUUUUGUGGAAAAAAUUUACCGAUGAAUGGCAACAUCAUUUCUACUCACAAUAGCAUAUACUUAUGGUUCCACACGGACAGCAGCAUUUCUCGAACUGGAUUCUCCCUUCAUUGGAAUAGUAUACCACCUGUUUGUGGCGGACAUUUACACGAAAAUGAACACGGAACGAUUAGUUCACCUGGAUCACCCGGAAGAUACUCACCAAACAGAGAUUGCAUUUGGUAUAUUUCUGUUCGUACUGGAAAACGAAUUCAAUUCCACUUCUUUACUGUCAUGAUUGAGGAGCAUCCAAAUUGUGACAUGGAUUACCUUGAAAUUACCGAACCUGUUGAUGAAAGAGACGUUCGACUAGGCAUUUACUGCAAUCAUACCCACCCACCACCUCUCGUUACUUCUGGUUCUUUUGCAACUGUUCAUUUCCACUCAGAUGACCAUGGUCAAGAUUUAGGAUUUCAACUUACCUAUUCAAGCAUCGAAGGGAUGCCUGGCUGUGGAGGAGUAUAUACUGCGGAACAAGAUUUUAUUUCUUCCCCAAAUGACAAAUCAACUUAUCUGCCUAACUUGUUAUGCGAGUGGAAAAUCCAGCUACCAGUUGGUGAAAGGAUUAGAAUUACUUGGAUUGAUUUUGAUAUUGAAGAUUCAGAUCAUUGUGCAUUUGAUUCCGUUCAGAUCUAUGAAGGGCCAGAUAUGGAGUCUCCUACGUUGGGAGCACUUUGUGGCAAUAAAUUACCUGCACCGAUAGAAAUAAACUCAAAUAUUGCGCUAAUAGUAUUCAAAAGUGAUUGGAGCAAUGAAAACAUCGGUUUUAAAUUGCAAUACCAAAUUGCCUGUGGUGGAGAAUUCCACGAGCCAUCCGGAAUAAUAAAGUCGCCAUACUACCCUGAUCAUUAUCCAGGUUCUAGAACGUGUCACUAUAUGAUUGUUCAACCUCCUGGUAGAGGAAUCGUUUUGAAAAUAGUCGACAUGGAUAUUGAAGGUUCAUCAUUCGUUGACUGCUACUUUGACCACCUGGAAAUCCAUGAUGGUGAUAAUGAGAACUCAACACUUCUUGCAAAUCUUUGCGGUGAAGGAGACAAAAAACCUAGUGAACCUUUUUAUUCAUCUUUGAAUUAUAUGUAUCUUAAAUUUGAAGCUGAUGCAAGUAUUCAUGGCCGUGGAUUUUUGGCGAAUUAUACCACUGUUUACCGAAGAUGCGGGGGGAUUUUCAAAACUCCUCAUGGAGAAAUUCGUUACCCUAUGGUUCCAGAAGAGUAUGAUAAUGACGAAGAAUGCACCUGGACCAUUCAAGCACCUGCAGGACACGCGGUACAACUCACGUGGGAAUCGUUUAAUUUGGAAUUUCAUGAUAAAUGUUUAACUGACUACGUUAAACUUUUAGAAAAGUAUGAAGGAGAGGAUUAUGAAAUUGGCAGAUAUUGUGGUAAUACAAUACCGCCAAUGAUAACAUCUCAAAGUUCAUCAGUGACAUUAGUUUUCAUUUCUGACAGCUCAAUUACUUCUGGAGGAUUUGUUGCGAAAUAUUCGUUUGUUGAUGUUUCUAAAGUUUGUGGCGGGCGUUAUUUCUCUCCCAAAGGACUUCUAAGAAGUCCCGAUUACCCUAACUAUUAUCCUCCAAAUCGUGAAUGUGUAUGGAUUAUCGAAGCGCAAAAUAAAUUCCGAAUAUUGCUGGAGGUUAAAAAGUUUGAAAUUGAAUCACAUAGCUACUGUGCGUAUGAUUACUUAGAAAUUAGAAACGGGGGUUAUGAAAAUUCGCCUUUAGUUGGAAAAUUUUGUGGUAAUGAGAUACCGGGUGAAAUAAUGAGUUUCACUAAUCAACUUUACAUUAAGUUUGUUUCGGAUAGUUCUAAUGGCGAUCAAGGGUUUGAAAUCGAAUGGGAUAGCAUGACUUAUGGUUGUGGUGGUGUACUCACGGCGGCUUCUGGAGAUAUUAUUUCACCAAACUAUCCUCAUGUGUACUCAAGAUCAUCAGAAUGUACGUGGAAAAUCGCAGUAUCAGCUGGUAGUCGUGUUCAAAUAAUAAUUGUUGACCUUGAUUUGGAAGAACAUGUCCGAUGUAAUUUUGAUUAUCUUGAAAUAUCUGAAGGAGUCAAUGGAAUACGAAAAAAUGUAAAUCGAUUUUGUGGAACUACUUACCCUCCUUCCAUUGAAUUAAACAGCAAUUUAGUAACUGUACGCUUCCGAAGUGAUUUUACCAAUUCAGGACGGGGUUUUCUCAUUAAAUAUAAUACACUUUGUGUCAACAAAAUUCAUGGUUUUUCUGGAGUAAUUGAAUCACCGAAUUUCCCGGAAAAAUAUUCAUCAAGUGUUAAUUGCAGUUGGAUAAUUGAUGCGCCAAUAGGCAAUAAAAUAAACAUAACAUUUUCACAUUUCGAUCUAGAAUCAUCUUCCGAAGAAGAGUGUAAAUAUGAUUAUUUGUUGAUAAAAGAGGGAUCUGAAGGUCAAUUCAACACUCAAUUAGGAAAAUAUUGCGAUUCCAGACUACCGCCGAAAAUAACUUCAAAAGAGCCUCAAGUGUCAAUUAAUUUCCUAACCGACGAGUAUUAUGUAUACGGAGGAUUUAGAUUAGAAUGGGUAGUUGUAGGCUGUGGAGGUCACUUAAUAAGACCUAUAGGAGAGUUUACAUCACCUGGCUAUCCAGCCGCUUAUCCGGUUAAUAUAGAAUGUGAGUGGUUAAUAGAAGUAGAUUAUGGUAACAGCGUUGAAGUGUUUUUCUCAGAAGUUGAUACGGAAAAAUCAGGAGGUUGUUUUUACGAUAAAAUAGAACUUUUUGGCGGCGAAAAUGACAAAGCACCAAAACUAGCUGAAUUUUGUCAUUCUACUGUGCCAAUUAAUUAUACUAGUCCAACAAACAAAAUGUUCAUAAAAUUCAAAUCUGACAAAUCGUAUCAGGGCAAAGGAUUCUCUGCUAACUACAAAUCUGUUCCAUUGACUUGCGGCGGAGUGUUUUCAGCGGAUCAAGGAAUUAUUUUAUCAGCUAAUUAUCCGAUGAAUUAUCCACACAAUCAAAAUUGUGAAUGGCUUAUUUUUGUUGAUCGUCAUCAUGUUGUUAAUUUAACGUUUAUUGAUUUCGAUAUUGAAGAUACUACCAAUUGUACUGACGAUUAUGUGAAGGUAUUUGAUGGUCCCAGAAAAGAUUUUGAAGAAUUGGGGACAUUUUGUAAGAAUUACUUACCGCCGUCGCUCGUUUCAUCAGGCAAUCAAAUGUUGGUAGUAAUGAGAAGUGACAGUUUGAUCUCAGCGAAAGGUUUCAAAGCCCAAUUUGAACGCGCAUGUGGAGCAAAUAUAAUCGUGUCUGAACCUGGAGUCUUGUCUACUGCAUCUAAUUUACACGUACGGAAAACUGAAGGUACUAAUUGUACUUGGAUACUCAAGGCGGCUAAUCCUGCUGAUCAUAUUACCCUCACCAUCUUCCACAUGGACUUGACCAACUCCUGGAUGAACAUGGGGGAUGACUUGUGUGAAGAACAUUAUCUGAAAGUUUACGAAGGUGAUGGCUUAGAGGGACCAGUACGAGGGUCGUGGUGUGGUAGUAAAUCACCGGCGCCAAUUGUUAGUAAUGGAGAUACUUUGACACUGCAUUUGGUUUCAUCGUUUGCUAGUGAGGAUAUGUUCCAAGCAAGCUAUUCUAUCUUGAAUUCUGCGUGUGGUGGAAAUUAUUCGUCUGAAGCUGCGACAUUAUCAUCACCCUCAUAUCCAGACAGCUACCCUAUGAACGCUGAAUGCGUUUGGAUACUGAAUAGUUCACCUGGAAACCGAAUUAGUUUAACGUUUUCUGAAUUUGAUAUUGAAUCGAGUCCGAAUUGUGACCGCGAUUAUUUAGAAAUACGAGAAAAUUCCCCUUCUGGUAAAUUAUUGGGAGCAUUUUGUGGAAAUACCAUUGAUCCGAUAACAUCUAAUACAAAGUUAUGGAUCAAAUUUCGAAGUGAUUCCAGUGGAACCGGUAAAGGAUUUUUGGGAGAAUAUACUUUUAUUCAUGGUAAUGAUAUAACUGGGUCGUCUGGUGAAAUUGCUUCGCCAUUUUAUCCCCUGGCAUUUAAAAGAAGUGAUGAAGUCACCUGGAGGGUCACAGUACCUUUUGGAUCGGCAGUACGGGUUGAAUUUGAUGAUUUUCAUCUUGAAAAUUUUAACGAUUGCUACUAUUUUAGUUUCAUGAUCUAUGAUGGAUAUGAUUCUGAUGCUCCAGUUCUUAGUGAACCAUGUAGUAGUUCAAGUAACAAUUUACCAGAUUCAGUUCAGUCUUCAAGUAACGUCAUAUUCAUUAAAUUCAAUGGAGAUUAUAUGAGAGAAGGAAAUUGGUUUUAUCUUCAUUGGUAUGAAGUACCACGAGACCAAUCCUCUGAUCGUGAAGUAAUCUUGCCAGAUUGUAAUGAAAAAAUAUUUUUGAGUGGAGAAACUAAUCUCACUCAUAUCAUAACUUCACCAGGUUAUCCAACAGGAUACGAAAAUGAUCUUCAGUGUACUUGGAUAAUUACUUCCCCUCCAGGAACACAUUUGACAUUUUGGUUCAUGAAUAUUGACCUCGAAGAAUCAAAUGAUUGUGUAACUGAUUAUAUAGAUAUCUACUCAGGAUAUGUACGGACAUUACCACCACCUCCUGAAGCAAAACUUCAAGGAAGAUAUUGUAAGAGUAAUGAAUCGAGCAUCCAUGUUGAAACAGGAAAUAUUAUGACGGUUAAAUUUAUAAGCGAUGUUUACAUAAAUGCAACUGGUUUUAGAGGAAUUGUUCACAUAAAUUGUGGCGGUGAAUUGACUGGUCCUGAUGGAGAAAUUGAAUUUAACAAUGACAUCAGGAAGAAUUUGGUUCGAGCGUGGAGCUACAAGUGCAGUUGGAUUGUUCGUGUAAGACCUGGAAGAAAAAUUGAAGUUAGAAUUACUAAUAUUGCAAUCGAUAAUCCGGAUACGCAUUGCGGCAAUUAUUAUUUAAUGUUGAAAAAUGGAGAAAGCCCAGAGUCUCCACUUCUUGGCGACGGAAAGUUUUGUGGAAACACGGUACCAGAAACUCUAAUGACAACAGGAAAUAAAUUAUUCGUCAAAACAGUUGGAACUGGUACACAUGUUUCGUUCAAGCUAGAAUAUCGCGAAAUUGGAUUAGAUUGCGGUGGAACUUUUAGAUUAAAAGAUCGUAUGGAAUUUUCAUCACCUUCCUAUCCCAAUAUACCACCACCUUUCUCAGAAUGCUUUUGGACAUUUAUGGCUCCGCCAGGUGAAAGACUUUCUCUACACUUUAUUGAACGUUUUGAUCUCACUUACAGCGUUGACUGUGAAAAAGAAUACGUUGAAGUAAGAGAUGGAGGCACUGAUUCAUCGAAACUUUUGGGCAGAUUUUGUUCAGACACUGCGCCAAGUAGUCUUACGAGUACUGGAAAUAUUCUUUAUGUUCAUUUUUACACAGACGUUACUGAUCCUAAAAACGGUUUUAAAGCAACUGUUAUUCCUGGAGAAUUUUGUGGUGGCAUUAUUCGUGGAAGUGAAGGUGUGAUUUCAUCUCCUAAUUAUCCUGCAAUGUAUCCCAAAAAUCAAGAAUGCGAUUGGUUGAUAGUUGGACCCGUAGAUCAUACUUUGACUAUUCAAUUCCGGGAUCUUCAUCUUCCUGGUCUCAGAAACUGUGAAAUUACUGAUCACAUCUUUAUUGGUGAAAAGAUUGCUCACAACGAUACUGUAACAUCUAUUCGUACUAUAUGUGGAAGUCUUAAACCCGAACCAAUUGUGACAGUGUCCAACGAAGUUUUCAUUUCAUUUUUCAGUGACAAACGAAGUUAUAUAAACUAUCGAGGGUUCAGUUUAAACUUCACUGCCAGCAAAAAUAGCUGCGGUGGUGAUAUAUUUGGUAUGUCAGGAGAAAUUAAAUCAGUAGGUUAUCCAAAUCCCACUACUCGCCCUCGGUAUUGUGAAUGGCGAAUCACUGUACCUCGAGGCAAUCAAGUCCAAGUAGAAAUAGAAGAUUUAGAUCUUCCGCAAGAAGAACCUGAAAGAUCAGGGCUUUAUUUAGCAUUUUACAAUGAUUUUUACUCAAAGUCUAAGAUUUCAAUAAUACGAUCUGGACAGUUUUCUCGUACGUAUAGCAGCUCUUCAAACAUGAUGUUGAUCUCGUUUUGGAUGACCAGUGGGCAUAGGGGUCUAAAAGCUCGCUACAUUGCGGCAGCGCCAGCGCCUUGUGGUGGAAAUAUUGAUAAUUAUCACGGCAGUUUGAUUGCUCCAACAAUGGCGCCUUUUAAUCGAUCUUCAUUUUAUUGUGAAUGGGCUCUCACAGCUCCGCCUGACUUAGUACGUGAAGGCGUUAAUUCCUCAGCUACAUUAACUGUAUCAGUAACUGGAACCAUUGGCCGGUAUUCUCGCCAAGGUCGUUCGUGUAGUUAUCUAAUGAAAUCUAUCAUUGUAGCAGGUCCUGAUGAAACAGUAGGAAUGGUUUGUGGAAAUGUUUCUCAAGAGCCAUAUAUUAUUAGGAGUCCUUUACCUCUUAAUAUUAUAAAGAUUCUCAAUGGUACUUAUGGUUCAACGAUGAAUUUUGAAUUAGAAUAUUCAUGGCAAAUAUGUGGUGGAAUACUUAGAGGCCCGAGUCACAAACUCGAAGCACCAAAGAUACAACAAGACAUGACACCAGCACCAAAUAACAUUUUGUACCCCAGAGAUUGUGCAUGGCGAGCAGAAUUCGCUAACGAUGGUGGAGUUAUUCAAUUGGCCUUUACUCACCUUGAUAUGGGCAGCUGCAAUGAUAAUUAUAUUAUUGUUAGAAAUGGUGGACCUAUGUCACCGGAAGUAGGAAAGUUCUGUGGCAACGUGAUACCGAAAAACAUAACCAGUUCUUCGAAUAAGUUAUGGAUUGAGUAUCACGCUACGAAAUCACCUAGCGAUUUCCAGCUUGAAUUGAGUAGUGAUAAAUAUGGAUGUGGUGGUACUAUGCGAGGAACUCGUAAGGAACUAUCUUCUCCCAGUUUUCCAAGUCAAUAUCCCAACAAUGCUGAAUGUACUUGGGAAAUAAUUGCAGAGCCUGGUUAUCAUAUUGGAUUAGUUUUUCUUGAUAGAUUUAAUUUAGAAACAAGUACAAAUUGCUCAAACGAUUUUGUUGAAAUUUUAGAACAGGACGUGUUUAAUGCUGAUUCAUGGAAACAGUUAGGAAAAAUUUGUGGUAGGAAUAUGCCACCAACAUUUAAUGCUACUUCAAAUCGUGUAAAAGUAGUAUUCCGUUCAAAUGAAGCUGUUCAAGGAGACGGUUUUCAUGCAAAGUGGGAACGUAAUUGUGGUGGAGUUUUUGUUGCCUCAAAACAACGCCAAAUGAUUAGUUCACCAAAUUAUCCAUCCUAUUACGCUCCAAGUCUCUACUGUAAUUACACAAUCCUUGCACCGGAAGGAUACUCUGUUUUAGUGGAAUUCAUAGAUUUCCAAUUAGAAUCUAGACUUAAUUGUGAUUACGACAAUAUAAGUAUUACGCGUAAUGAAUUUGGAUGGUAUGACUCAGAAUCUGUUUGGUGUGGCACUAAUCCACCACCAGUCCAGCAUACCGACCAUGCAGUGGAAAUUAUUUUCCGAACUGAUAAAUUUAUUCAAAAACGAGGUUUUCAGUUCUUGUAUUUCAUAAAUGAAUGUGGAGGUGAAUUAACAAAAGAGGGAAUAAUAGAACCACCAACUUCUAAAGAUUCGCUAACGUACUUCGGAAAACUUAAUUGCACUUGGAUUAUCCAUGCUCCAGAUGAUAAAAGUGUAGUUUUAAGAUUUGAAAUGUUUGAAUUGGAAUAUACUUCCAGAUGUUACUUCGAUAAUUUGAUGGUUUACGAAGGUUCGCUACUAGAUAAUGAAAAACUAUUAGCUACUCUGUGUGGUAACUUAACAGAUUCAUUGCCAGUAAUUAAAUCUGUUGACAAUGCUAUAGCAGUUAAUUUUAAUUCCAAUGAAGAUAAACACUUUAAAGGAUUCAAAAUUGCGGUUUUGUUUACGAAAAAUGAAGCAGGUGGUUGUGGUGGAAAAAUAGACUUGAAGUCUUCCCACACUUGGAAAACACAAAAGGGAGUCACUUAUGAUCCAUUAGAAGAUUGUUUGUGGACUGUUUCUGUUCCUUCUGGUAAAAACAUUAAAAUGACCAUCAUAAGCAUGGAUCUUAAGAAUAAUUCGAAUAAAACAUCAUCAAUAUAUGGUGGCGUAUGUACUGGAGAUUUCUUAGAGGUACGUGACGGUAUAGGUCCUUUCGCUGAACUGCUCGGAAGAUUCUGUGGGAAUACUGUUCCACAGCCAAUUGUUUCUUCGAUGAAUCACUUAUGGAUCAGAUUUUUCAGUGAUGCCGAGUUCCAAGGAUCUGGAGUGACGGCUAGUUUUGACAUAAUCGAUUCUCCUUGUGGUGAGACAAUGAUAUCAAUAGUAAAUGCUUCAAAAUUAAUAACAUCACCUGGGUAUCCUGCUGAUUAUACUUUGGGUCUUCGAUGCAAAUGGAUUGUAAAAGCACCACAUGGUCAUGAUAUUCAUAUUCAUUUUGUAGAUGUUGACAUGGAAGAUUCUGAAAGUUGUUCUGGAGAUCGAUUACAGAUUGUGGAUCAAAUGAACAAUCAACAUAUAAGUCAAGAUUUCGGCGAAGAUUUUGUUUACAGUGGAAAAAGUAACCAACGUCAUUUGCUUAGAUUAGGAAGACAUCAUCCGAUGGCAGCGUUCACAUUUUGUUCGAAAUUUGAUGCAUAUGAUUAUUACAGUGGAGGAAGUGAACUAGAAAUAAACCUUAAAUCUACAACUGAUCAUCCGGAAAAACGAAGAAAAUUCAAGCUCGAUGUUGGAUUAUCUGAUUGUAAUCGUAAUUAUACAAGCCCUCAGGGCAGAAUUAUACAUCAAGGAUUCACCGAUUGCUGGAUUAAUAUAGAAGUACCACCUGGAAAUACAAUUUCAUUAUAUUUCAACAAUUUGAGACUUUUCGAUAUGUCUGAAUGUACACGAAGUUACUUACAAAUUCACGACGGUGGCUUUAAUGCUCCAUUACUUGCAACAUUGUGUGGCAUGCAAGUACCGUCACCGAUUUUUAGUACCUCAAAUAAGUUGAGUUUGCAUUCUUUAUCGGAACGUGGUGUCACUUGGGAGAGUUAUGAUAUUUUGUAUACAUCAACUGAUAAGGGACGUGGAUGCGGAGGAAAAAUUUACAAUUAUGUUGGUCGAUUCACAUCACCAAUGUAUCCAAAUAAUUAUCGUAAUACCAGUGAAUGUACUUGGGAUUUGAGUGUCCCCCGUGGUUUUAAAAUUGUCCUCGAUUUCCUCGUUUUUGAUUUAGGGGCAAGCGACUGUGCAACUGAUUAUAUUACUAUAACUGACCUUUCAGGUAAUUUGGAACGAACAACAACAUAUUGUGGAAAAGAAAAUCCUGCUAAAUUCGAAGCAUUGUCGAAUCAAGUAAAGGUUACUUAUCAUACAAGUCCAAAUAAUGGCGGUAGCGGAUGGGUCAUUGUUUUUGUGGGAGUCGAACAUUCGUUUACAGAUGAUGGACCCGACGGACCUCAUAUGGAAGCAAGAUUCUAUGAUUAAUUCUUUUACGUUAAUUUAUUAGUUAAAUAAGUUGAAAUCUGUGUAAAUAAUUUCGGUAAUAAAGGCAAGUUUAACUA